AUGGCUGACACAGGAUCCUAAGAAUGAAGAAACAGAAAAAUGAAGAUUUUACAGAUUGGUUAUAAUGACAAGUUUCCUCCAUGAAUAGCUUUAGAUAACAGAACCCAAAAUGGAUGGUCAGCCAUCUUUAGAGGCUGUGAUGGGCUCCAUCCAGUCUCAGCUGGAAAGGGGUUUAAAACAGGGUAGCAAAAUAGCAGCCCAAAGUGCCAUUGCUAACUUACAGAAAAACCACAGUAGUCAUAGACAGAAAAUAAAGCUGGAUUACAUGGGAGAGAAACGUGUUGUUACGUUGCCCCGUCCUGUUGUAUAUGAUGACGUUUGUGCCAAGAUUCGGGAGAUGUAUGGAUUUGAUAUGAACAUAGUCUUCACACAGUCAAAUGGAGAGAUAAAAACUCCAGUUUGUAAUCAAAAUGACCUUGACAUGGCCAUUGCUUUAGUGGAUAAAAAUGAGAGAUCAACAAGUCUUCGUUUAAUCUUGACCGCUCCUAUUGGUCAAGGUCAUGGUCAAGUCCGGCGUUCAGGAGCUCCCUCCAUAGACACUGGUUACUCUUCCAUUAGAUCUCAGGGACGAGAUAUUGAAUCCCCCAGCCCUCCACCUGGAUCACUGCCCCACAACUUCAGCCACAGUGUGUCUUGUAAUUCCAUCAACAGUGAAGGAGAGUUCAUCCCUGAGGGUGAUGAGACUGGCUCAAUAACAGAAAGCAACAUAUCAUUAGACAGCAAUUACAUGAGCUCUUAUGGUGGAGAUACAUUUCCACUCAGGGGCCGCUCCACUUCACGUAGAAGUAUUUUGCCUGUUGAAAGGGAUGAUGAAGGUCGAAAUCAAUUUGGGACAUUUCCAAGGAGUAUGGGCUCUCUGUCUCAACAAAUGGUGGAUGGACCUAGUACAUUUCCACGGAUAAGACCAACGGUCAGUUCCCGGCCAGACCUCAGUAACAGUUUGAGGUCAGUGAUGUCUUCGAGGGGGAGUGAGGGUACGAUGUCCACGGUCAGCUCUAGUAGUAACAGUAGUGGCUUCCCUCCCGAUCAUGACAUGGACUCUCCUGAUGGACGUAUUAUGAUCAAACGCAAUAGUGAUCUGGAUAGUCCUGUAUAUGCUUUAGCAGAUCUCUCCUUAUCAAAAUCCCCACGUUGUCCUGUGAACUGGAAGGCAGGGGCUCUGUUAGGAAGUGGAGCGUUCGGUGAGGUGUAUGUUUGUCACGACAAGGACACAGGCAGAGACCUAGCCAUGAAAGUGGUCAGACUAGAACAGAUGAAUGCUGAAACGUCCAAGGAAGUUCGAGCUUUGGAAAAUGAAAUUCAUCUGCUAAGAAACUUUGAACAUGAAAGAAUUGUCUCCUACUUUGGUUGUGCACAAGACAAGCAAUCACUAUAUAUCUUUAUGGAGUACUUACCUGGAGGCUCUGUGAAAGAUGAAAUCACAAAGUAUGGACCUCUGACAGAAAACGUGUCCAGAAAGUAUACAAAACAGAUGUUAGAGGGCCUGGCUUACCUCCAUAAAAAUGUCAUUGUACACAGGGAUAUUAAAGGUGCUAAUAUACUGAGAGAUGGCAAUGGUAACAUUAAGUUGGCUGAUUUUGGUGCCUCUAAGCGCCUACAGACAAUUGUUAGUGCCACUGGUCUACACUCCGUGGUGGGGACCCCCUAUUGGAUGUCUCCAGAAGUUAUAAAUGGUGAAGGAUAUGGACGUAAGGCUGACAUCUGGAGUGUUGGCUGUACCAUAGUGGAAAUGGUCACCACCAAGCCACCAUGGGCAGAGUAUGAGUCUAUGGCUGCAUUAUAUAAAAUUGCUAUGGAGAAAAAACCAAGAUACACAUUGCCAAAUCAUAUUUCAGAACUGUGUCAUGAUGUUCUUAAUAAAACAUUUGAUAGAAAUCCGAGCACGAGGCCAACUGCAAUAGACUUAUUAGGUCACAGAUGGAUAACGGGGUAAAUGAAGUAUUGUGUUGCAGAAGUUUCCUCAAACACGUGUUCAUCUGGUAAACUUUGCAACAACAAAAACCAGAAGUGAAAAGGGAAUUAUCUUUGUCAAACAAAGUAUAUAUCUCUUAGUAUAUCUUCUGCGGAAAAUCCAGGACUUGUAAUUCUGAUGUAUAUAAAAGGAGUAUUGAAUACCCACAGACGUCUUUCAAGAAUGAUGUACUAGAAACACUUGAAUAGUAUCUGAGACAUGUCGAAUCAAGUUCCUUGGAUUUGAUGUGCAGAAUAGCUGUAUAAGAUUCCAGUGGGCUUAUCCAAGCUUCAGAGUAAGAGUGGAGAAUACCAGAGGGUUCCGAUUCUGUGCUUCAGAUGGAUAUAUCUGACAGACUCGGAAUACAAAGUAUUAAUUAGCUAUGACAGUUCUGUAAUAUUCAAACCCACCAUCUCACCAUGAUAUAUUUCAACCUUCCAUUUCAUUAUUUUGUUUUAUAAAACCAUAAGUCAGUAACCAUAAUGAAUGUUUCAUCAGGAAAUUAGAUAUUCAACUUUGCUGUGCAAACAAAGGGCAAAAAACAAACUAUGCACCAGUUUUGUCUACCAGUCAAUUAUUCACUUUAUUUUGAAAAGAGUGCAUGUCUAAUGAGAAAAAAAAAUCUUAAUACUGACCCCUCAUUCUGACACUCACUUGGACAUAUAGUUAAGCAUAAUUACAUUUGUUUAUUGAUAAGUCUGAUCAUUUAUACCGAUUUCAUGAACUGCCUCUGAUUUAUUUCAAUUAAAAAAAAAAAAAAGAAUAUCAGGGUAUUAAAAGCAACCCUGAAUGGGAUAUAAAUCUACAUGAAAUAAUUUGAACAAUCACGAACUGUGACUUCUAUUGGCAAUAUAUUGAAUUGAUGCAUGAUUUUGAUUAUGAAAUAGCACACUGAGACUGCAUCAGAGGUGCUGAAAAAUAAAUCCAACAAAAAUUAGCAUACAUACAGUACUAUGGCACCUUCGUAUAAUAAUGGCAAACAUGAACAAAAAUCAUCGAAUUUCUGAGAUUAUUUGAAAAAAAUGUUUGCACAAAGAUGAGAUGAUAUUACAGUUCCAUUACUCUUGGUUGAUUACUCCUGAGCAUUGUACAGUAUGUUUAUUGUAUGCCUUCUGUCCAUUGUCACAUUUCUUGUGUAAAACCUUGGUUUGUUCUGCUGUUAAGACUAUUGUUUUACCAUAGUAAGAGGUAUCUAAGUCAGAGCAUGACAAACACUGCUUUCCUCUUUACUAAUGCUACUGUUGUACUUUUUAUAUGGUGUUCUGUUAACAUGAAAUCUGUAUUUUGAUAUGAAAUCAUUUUUCCUGUGUUUAUGUUUUUAGUAGGACAAGUACACGAUAGUCAAUUGAUUUAUUUUCCCUGCCUCUUCAUAAAGGUGCAAUGAAUUUCUACAGACACUUCUGGGCAUUAUUCCCAUUCAGUGUAAACUUUUUUUGCUUAAUGCCAUCUCAAAAAAUGUUCCUGUGGUAUGAGAGUUUUAAAGAUGGCUUAAUGUCCGUAACCAUGACAAUGAGUAAGCGGUAGUUCUGUGUCGGUCUGAUGCUUUCCUUUUGACUUUCUCUUCACAACUGAGUCUAUGGAUACACAAAUUUGUUUUUUUUUUUUAAUAUUUUGAAAACUAGGUUUCGUCCAAGUCCUGGAAAUUUUCUUACCAACUCUGCUAUAAACCAGUAUUUAAAGGUGCAUUUUAAAAAAUUGUCUACCUUUAUUAAGGGAAAGAAAGACCAGAUUUAUAUGAGCAACGAUAUAUUUCCUUGAAUUUUCUGUAAUUUUUUUUUUGUGAUUGUUUAAAAGCAUCACUUUUCUGGGUCUCUUUGUAAUUUUUUGUUCUUAGGAAAUGCAUUUUUUUACCUGCAGUAUUCAUUGAUUUUGUCAUUAAGGGAAAAUAACUGUAAGAUAGGUUUGUUUCUGAAUAGUUUGUCAUAGAGGAAGGGAGGAAAGGACUAUGUAUCACGUCAGUAUACUUUGUUUCUUAAUAAUUUUCAGCAAGUCUGAUAACUAAUUUAGUGAACUUUAAUUUCAAUUCAGUUUGGAAUCUAAUCAGUAAAACAUAUUCUGGAAAAUCUUUGGCUAGGAAUGAUUGUUUUGGUUCUGAGAUCACCUAGUUUUAGGGAGAAAUUAUUCUUUUGCCACAUUAUUUAAUUUAACAAAUUUAUCUUGUAUGGAGAGGGUAUUUAUUGGCACUGCAUGCCUGUUGCCCAGUCUAUUCAGUUGUCUGAAUCAAUAUUGUUUAAAGUAACUAAUUAUGUAGUUUUAUUAAGCAUAAAAUAAUUUUUUUUUAAGAACUCCAAUAAAUAAUUGAAAGUACUGAAUGAUAACCAAGUGCACAUUCUCCUGGAAAGAAAAAUAUUUUUUGAGUCAAGUUCUUUGAUGUCCACUUUGUUAUCCAGGGUAGCAAAAAGAAAGGGAAGAUUAUUAAAUUACUGUUUCCUGAUACCAGAUCCUAGCUUUCUAUUUUAUCACAAGAAUGAAUGUUCUCAAAGAUGUAUACAUUAUAUCAAAGGUGUAUAAAUUGUACAGAUGCUUAAUGUUAAAUAGUAGCUACAGAUUUCAUGACGAAUGUGAUAGAUGGAAGUAAAAAAAACUCCCAAGUCCCAGUGAUUAUUUGUAUAUAAGUGUAAAUAAUGUGUACAGGUGUUCAUAAAUAUAUAGCACUAGAAUCUAUACUUAACAGGCUUUAAGGAUGAGUAUUACUGUUGGUUUGUCUCUCUCUACUGAAGGUUUAACUUUACAGUGUUAAUUUUUAGGUAAAUUCUAUGAAACUGAGGAAAGCAAAGUUUGAAUUAGUUGCAGAAUUUCCAGUUUAGCUUCUUUUUUUUUGGGGGGGGGGGGUAUUUUUUGUAUUAAAAGCAUUUGAUAAGGCAGUUGAUAUUUUAAAAUGUCUAUUCUACAGAAAACUAAUUUGAUAAGGGUAAGUCUAAUUUUUAUAUCAUUUAAAAAGUCAAGUAGAGCAUGCCCAUCAACUGAGAGCUCACAGUGUAAGAGAGAAAACCUGUUAUAUUUGUUUAUACAUGUAAUAAGUUUUUGAAUGAAUGUUAUGAACAAAUUUUCUAUCAUAUUGAGUUAUAUAUACACAUAUAUAUAUAUAUAUAUUAUAUAGAUCAAAUUAUUAUUAUAAAGAUAUUAUUGUUUUGUAUUGUAAUCAUGUGUCGGUUUAUAGCCAGGCACUUUGACUGCAUUGUAAUGUUUUAUGUAUGUCACUUCUGUGAAGGUGUUAUAACCCAUUUUACACAGAUUUUGAAAUGAUUUUAAAAUUUUCAAGUUUUAGCCACUUGUUAUAAUAUUUGUAAUCUUAAUUUUAUGGAAAGAAAUUCAGUUUUCAUUUGUUUUAAGUGCAGAUAUACUGUAUUUUUUGUCCCGGGUAUUUAUCAAAAUUUGAAAUUUAAAAGCAGUCUUUGAAUUCCUAUGGAACUUUAUUUGCUAAUGUGGGAAUUUAAGAGUAUUAAAACAAACAAAAUUUAACUGGUGAAUUAGAAUAACUUUACAAUAAAGAAGUGCUGAGAGCUCCAAUGACUUGUUAUAACUAGCCUGUGAUUAACUUGACUAUUUUUGUUAAACCUUUAUGCAAAUCAUGAAUCUUCAUCACUUGUGUCAUUUGUGCCUUAUUUUUAUACACCAAUAAAAUUGUGUAUAAGUA